UUGAGCUUAGUUAUAAUAGUGAGAUUUUUGGUACCGAUCUGAUGGGGGCGGAUAUGGGUGAGAAGGAUAUGGCAAGGAGAUUGAUGGUGUUAACUGUGAUAUGCUACUUUAUUAAAAUUGCAGAGGCCAGUGGUGGUGGAGGAUCGGGCUGGAGCCGUGGCCAUGCAACAUUCUAUGGAGGCUCUAACGCUGCACCCUCCACCAUGGGCGGGGCGUGUGGUUACGAUAAUGUAUACACGGCAGGGUAUGGAGUAUACACAACAGCGCUGAGCAGCGCCCUGUUCAGAGAAGGGGAGGCCUGCGGGGCGUGCUAUGAGCUGCUGUGCGACUCAAUGUCCGACCGCCGAUGGUGCCGCCAAGGCGGACGUGUUGUAGUGAGUGCUACAAACUUCUGCCCUUCCAACGAUAGAGGAGGGUGGUGCAAUUCGCCCCUGCAGCAUUUCGAUAAGUCGCUGCCUGCAUUCACCAGAAUUGCGCGCUACAGUUCGGGAAUUGUGCCGGUGCUCUUCAGAAGAGUGGGCUGCGCUAAAAAGGGUGGCGUGAAGUUUACAGUGAAAGGGCAUUCCUUCUUCAAUCUGGUUUUGAUAAGCAACGUGGGAGGGAAUGGAGUGGUGAAGGGCGUUUGGGUAAGAGGAGGAAGAGGCGGAGUUUGGCAGGCAAUGCACAGAAAUUGGGGUGCCAAUUGGCAAAACAAUUCAAAGCUUGAUGGAAAGCCGCUUUCCUUCAGAGUAAUGGUAGAAGAUGGAAAAAUGCUUACAUUUAACAAUGUAGUCCCUUCCAAUUGGCGAUUCGGCCAAACCUUCGCCACCCGCUUGCAGUUCUCUUGAUAUGUCCGAUGCAAGAAAGAGUUUAAAAGUUCAACAUUUUUUGGAUUCACAACCUGAAGCACAGUAUAUCUAAGUAUAUGCAAUAAAUGGUCUGUCCUUGGCAAGACAAGGUUCUGUUUUCCAUUACUUUCAUAUCACGCAGAUCUGUUUAUUGGUGCAGUUGCAAUAAUAUCUGCAGCAAUCUUACUACAUAAAGAUUUUAAACUUCAUUUUCUUACUGUUUCUACGGUUUCAUGUUUCACUCUUUAUGUUCUUUAGACUCGCCAGAGCACCAUCAAACAGUGGAAAGACACAUCCG